GGACAACGGCGAAACCGUCUCGCGCAGUUUCAAUCGCCACAAAGUUUGCGCGAGACGACGUCGAAAUAUUUCCACAUCCGGGCACGGAUCUUCGGGCAACUCUCCUUUAUUUUUUUUUUUUCUCCGCGCGCCUCAUCACGCACCCCGUACUUGUGAGAAGUAGUUCCUCCGCACCCUUCGAUGAUUUCUUAAUUUCGUUUGGGGAAAAAAGGGUGGAAAAAGUUUAUUGGAAAUGCUUGGCAGCAUCCGGCCAGCUGGUUAGUGGCCGAGAAGUCUCUCGUCGGUUUCCCGAGCUAGUUUCUUCCGACGAGCCCGAGUUCUUUGGGGCUCAGUAGUUCGUGCAGCGCGCUGCCCUAGGUAGGACGGCUGGCUCGGCCACUAGUUUUGCCCCCGGACUCGAUGUAAUUUGUGGCGUUUGUUGUGUGAACCUUCCUCUCUUCGUGUUUCGGGGAGUGUGUGCCUCGAGAGUCAAGCUGGAUGCCUUUCAACUGACCGCCAUGGAGCUGCAGAGCCUACAGAGCCAACUUAAAAGUGCCAUUCAAAACCAUCAGAUCGUGCUGUCAAAAAUGCGCACGGAUCCCCAGAACACGGCGCUCCAAAAGCAGCUCCACGACUUGCAGGCCGAUAUCAUGGCUCUCAGCGAGAAACAAAAACAAGUGGUGCAGCAGUUGAGGUCCGAGCUGGAGAAGAAGCAGGGUUCGGCGGUGCUCAAGCUUGCCCACAAUGCUCAGGUGCUGCCGCGAGCCGUGCAGCCGAGCACGGGGCCGGUGAAGCUGCAGGGGGCCCUGAAAGGGGGCGGGACUGCGGCUGUGCUCCUCCCCCACCUCGUGGUGGUGCCGGGAGGCCCCUCCCCCCGGCCCCGGGAGGCCCCGCUGGCUCAGCCCAUCCGGGUGCCGCAGUACCCGCCCGCCUCCUGCAGCCAGCGCAACUCCGUCGCCAACAACGUCGGCUGCCUGCCUCCCCCCGCGGUAUCCAGGGCUCCCAAGUCCUGCGUCACCGUCAUGGUGGCCACCAACAACAGCAACAACGCCGGCACCCCGUCGGCGGUGCCGGCCCAGCCGGCCGUUCCGGCGGCGACGGCUGCCCCCGCGGGUGUUGCCAGGAGCCAGGCGACGACCAGCGGGGUGGUAUCCGGCACAAUCGCCAUCCCCUGCAGGGUGCUGCCCCUGCCACCUGCCACAGCGCCGCCGGCACCCAGGGUGACCAAGGAGGACCACAGGAAGCUUCAGCUGAUGUCUGCCCUGGGCCUGAUGACGCGAGAGGCCCUCCGGGAACUGCAGCACCGGCGGGGGGAGCGCAAGCGGCGCACCACGGCCAACCCCCACUUCUCGAGCGCCGCCCUGGAGGAGAAGAGGCGCAACGCCCAGCUCCUGCUCGGGGAGGCACACCACCACCACAGGGGGCGCUCCAGGGGUCGUCCCCGGCCGGGCUCCUCGGCCCCCAGCUCCCCCGAGGGGUCGUCCAAUGAGGCGGGGUCCACGGCCAACGGCCACUCGUCGCCCCCGCCCACCUGCGACGUGCUCCUCAAGAGGGAAGAGACUGGCCGAGGACUGGCCAACGGGGAGCUCCCCGGGGACUGGAAGAGCCUAGCCGAGCCGGCGUCCAGCCGGUCGGCCGCCCUGGGCUGGGUCAGCGACUACGCCCUGCUCAAGAGUGCGAAAGUGGACGAGAAGCAGAAGCUGCUGAACCGCAGCCUGGAGCUGAAGGCCGAGCGCAUGCAGCUGGAAGAGAAGAAGCAGCAGCUCUCCGAGAUCAUCGCCAACCAGCAGAAGCGACGAGUAGAGCUUCAACAGAUAGUACAAAAUGUGCAAGGUGCUCUUGAGAAGUUUGAGCACGUUGUCUCGCUGCUGAAGGACACCUCUUGAUGCGGCCAGCCGUAGACAGACCUGCCCCAUCCUCCAUCGAGUGUUGUCCUCACAAUCCAAUACCUUGCCAUCUACCAGACGUGCAUCUCUUCACAAGAUCUGUUGCCGGAAAGUCGCUGCCUGCCAAACCGUGUCCCAUCCGCUAAGUGCCGUCUACAGUCAGCAUCCUCCUGCAUUUGCCGUCUGCAGUAGUCGUCUGCAGAGGCCGUGUGUGAUGACCGUCUCUAAUGGCCAUUUGUCGUGGUCAUUUUCAUUGUGCAUCUGCGGUCUACCAUGGCCUGCUGUUAUGGUCAUCUGCAUUCUGCAAUUGCUGUCUGCAGAGGUCAUCUGGAGCUGCCAUGUCUGACGAUUGUCUGUAAAUGGCGUGUAUCAUGGUCAUCUGCACUUUACAACUCCUGUCUGCCAUGGCAACCUGUUAUGGUCAUCUCCAUACCGCAAUUGCUGUCUGCAGAUUUUAUCUGGAGUGGCUGUGUCUGGUAACUGUAAUGGUUAUGUGUCAUGGUCAUCUGCACUUUACAGCUCUUUUCUAGCAUGGCCAUUGGCCAUGCUAGAAAAGAGCUGGUAUUGGUCAUUGGCAAUCACUUGCCAUCUGCAGUAGUCAUUUGCAGUGGUCGCUGCAUCUGCCUUCCGCAAUGGCUGUCUGCUGCCACUGUUUGCCAUCUGCAAAUGAUCACUACAACUCCUUGUGCAGUGAUCACUUGCAUAGUUUGUAGCAGCCUCCAUCUGCAAAGACCAUGUGCAUAUGUUGCCUCUGUUGUCCAUCUCCAAUGAUUGUCUGAAACUCUGCGACCACCAUUGUGCCCAUUCCACCUGAAAUGGGACGACCGAGCACACAUGUGACUGUCGGCUGUUUUCUUGUCUGCGGAUGCGGGUCUUACUUGACGUCACAUGUCACAGAAGCCAUGACAUUUUGUGUAUGAGAAAGCAUUUCUUGUGGUACUGGAGCUGUUAUUUCUGGGAAUGUGUGCGUUCUAGUCAACUUCCUUUGUUGAGUUCUGGCACUGGCAUUUUGAAACAUUGCUUUCAGAGGUUAGUGGCUGGGGAAAAUGGAAUUAUGUGAACCUUAAUGACUUCAGCAGUUGCUGAGUGCAGAAAGUAAUCAUAAUUCAUUCAGACUUUAAAAGUGUAACUCCAAAGAAUCCGGCAUUUUUAAAUUAAUGCGUGAGCAAGGACUCUUUGUUUGCACUGGGCUGGCGUUAGAAUCCCUUGCCUUGAGAGUUGGUUUACUAAGCUUCCAGCUUGGGCGCAAGGUGAUGAAUGUUCUUGUGAUCUUUGUACUGUUGAUGAAUACAUCUAUGAUCUUUUUAAAACCAGAAACUUGCCAAUUUGUGUUGUUCUUGUUUUUAAUAUAAGUUUUUAUCUGGCUCUCACAGUAUGAUAUGGCCCAGCUAAGAAGGGCUUUGCUUGGUGAAGCUCUGGAUGUGUGUACUUAACCUAGAUUUGUUCUAACUUAUUUAGGUUCAGGCAGUGGCAAUUCCUUGCAUAGUUUUGAGGUUGGCCACAACGCAAGGCUCCUAGAUCCCUCCCGAAACAGAAGGUAGUGAAGCAAAUUUGGACAACUUAGUUUGCGUGCAUGAACAUCUAACCAAUUAGUAUAAGCUUGUUUGCACCAGUGUCCCAAGUCACCCUAAUCUUGCUUUUAUUUGUGUGUGCAUCCUUUAAGAGAGGACUGUAGGAACCUUCAUUUAUCAGGGUGUGCAUACCUGUUGUUAUGUUUUGAUAUUAAUUGAGUUGUCACAAAAAAUGCUCACGAAAGGUGGCAUAAAAGAUAUACUGUGCUUUUCUUUUUUUUUUAAUUUUGUGUUUUGUGCCCAUUGCUUUUUCAGGUCAUACUUUAUUUGCCCUUGUGUUGCCCUCCCUGCUAUAAGUUUGAGCAGUUUUCCCACCCUUUACAUAUCGGCCCCUUUGAGUUGCUAAAGGCGAGAAUGUGUGCCAACAGAACCGACCAUAAUAGGUAGUGUGUGGAGGUCAUAAGGCAACUAAGAAAGUCUCUGAACUACUGUCAACUUCCAAACAGCAGAUCUUGCUUGAUAGGCAUUCGCAGUCACAAUUGGUAAACUUCCAUUAUUUGAUAACUGAUGAAACUCUAGUAUGUGUGCUCAUUGCCCGGAAACUUAGCGGCAUUUCAUUGCGAUCACUUGAUUGUUGCGCGGAAAGGAGCUCUCAGAGUCAAAGCAGGGUUUCCAGUGGGUGACGCGUGCCAAAUGCGGGACCACGUUUUUUUGGAAGUGAACUGGGAUGUUAGUACUAAUUGCAUUUCUCGAGAGUUUGGUGGUUUGGUGGUGCCAGCUAGAGGCAGUGGGCAGCAGGCAGUUCUGUGGGGUGCAUGGACAAAUGCAGUGUCUCGAAGGGGUCAAUACAAAGCUGCUUUGCCUUUGUCGAUCGGCAGUUGAUGUGCAAAUGUUGCAUUUAAGUGGACGAGAGCCGUCGGCGUUACUUGGUUGUUGCGUUGUAGAGCCUGCUGAUGUGGAGCUGUGCACCAGUGCCAAUUUCUUUUACCUACAGCUUUAAAAGCAGGAAGAUGAGUUUUUUGUUUGCUUUUGCCGUACUGGCAUUGUUUUUUGCAUUACCUAAGUUCUGAAAAUGAGGAGGGCAGUCAAAAGAAAAACGGGAAUCUAGACACCGACUGUCGAGUUACAAGAAAAACAUUAAUGACUCUUAAAAUAUUUAGCUGCAUUUUUUUUUUUUUGCCCUUUCACGUUGACUAUUAAGAAAAUUUGCAGAAGACUGGAGUGAACAUUUUUUUUUAACCUCAUUGUCGAGCAGAAAUGGGAAGCAUUUCUGACGGAACCUCCGAUUUUUGUGGAUUACUCCGAUCAACUGAAACUCUCGCCGUGUAGACUAAAUCCAACGUCUCAAUAGGCCCAACUACGUUAUGACCGGUUUGGACUCCUCAUGGGGGAUCGCUAGGCAAACGAGGUCCACACAACGCGUCGCGGUGGAAAGUAGCGUCGUAACCCAGUCGGUCACUGAAAUGCAGAUGGCCGAAGCGGCCUCAACCUUUUAACCGUUUGGGACAGGCCCAGCUCGUGGACGCGGAGCCAUCCUCAAACUGUUUGGGACGAACGCAGUUUGUCCGCUUUUCCUGUUUCACGCGCUCAACUGUUUUGGACGAACCAGGCUUGCACAAUAGUUUGCAGCUCUGCCAACAGAUGGUAGCGCCGAAUUUUUAAAAACUUUUUGUCCCAUUUCGUUUGCGGCUAUAAACAUGAUUUUGAAGGCAACCAUUCGCGUUUUGAAGAGAGCAGUGAUCUGGUUGAAGGUCAGGAAUUCCCACCGUCGGUCUGCUCCCACAUCGUACACCGAUGGUAUGAUCUGCCUUGAGCACGUCUGAGGGACGUGUUGUACGGCCGUCGGAAACAUGCCUUAAACUGCGUCUGUAGAGUCUUUUGUGCGAGCAGCCCUCGAUGGCUGCUUCUGACCCGUUGCUCUCUUCAGAAUUCCCAGAAUCGCUCAUUAUUGCUCAAAGACGAAGGGAAGAACAACACUUUUGGGGACAAAGGGACGACGGACACUUCUCCUUUCAACUCUCAACAAUGCAAAUAUGGCGAAUCUCCUAGUGUAGUAUUCUUGAACUCACCCCCCCCCAGAAUCGUUAGAAAGGAAGAAAAAGAAAGCGAGCGAAGGGAACAAAAGAAGCUUCCAUUUAUGAGAUCGGAGGCUCGUCGAGGCCGGUCAUCCGGCGGACCUUCCGAAAGCCACGUUGUAGAGAUUCUCUCUUGGCCGUCAGCGGCAACACACUACAACUAGAAACGAUAAGUGGGAUCGCUUUGUCGCCGUCUUGUACACUCGUAAUUCGACGCGUCGGCUAAAAGCCACUGCUUCAUGGUAUAGCGUCGAUGUGGUGGUUCAAUCGGAGCUCGUACAAAAGCUUGAAGGGGCACUGGCACGCCAAAGGUCAUAUUUUUGUUUCUUUGUCUAAAACGAUGGGGGCACUUUGUGAGCAGCACGUGGAAGUUCCAAAAGCUUCGACAGACUAUUUUCAUUCACCCCAUUGUCAUUCACUCCUGCACGUGCAGUGGCUGUGUUCCGAGUUUUGACCAAACAAGAAUUUCGGGAGGGCGCAAUAACGGGUUUUGCAAAGAAAUUCUAGAAUCCUUCAGCGUGAACUCGGGUAAUAAUAAUACUUUGGCGCCUUCGAUCAUUUUAACUAAGAGUGAGAUAGAAUUUCACACUCCGGAGUUGGCAUAAUUGCAUUUCAUCUUCCAUCUAGCAAUGCAAUUUUUCUGUCACCCUUUUUCUGUCCCAGUUUGUCCUGUGUUUACCAUAUUGCUCCCUUCAUGCGCUCUCUUUUUCUUCAUCUUUUAUGGUUCUGGGCAGGGGUGGGCUCAAAAAUAUUCUGCUAAGAAAUGCACCGUAUUUGUGUUGUUGCAAGUUGAAAGAAGAAGUGCCCGUCGUCCUUUUGUCCUAAGUGUGUUAUUCUUUCUGUGGUCUUUGUCCAAAAACCAACUCGCUCCCCAGUUUAUAUUAUACACUCGUUGCCCUUUCUUUGAGCACCUCCGCACAGCAAUUUAGGCAGCACCCAUGGCGCUUUACACGACAGCUGCUGGUAGCUUCCCGGUUUUCCUAUCCAACUCUACAUUCCGGAACCAAGACCCAGCGAUGCAGCGAGACCGUAACCUUGUACUGCCGUGCCUCUCGCCGCGAAGCCGUAGCUCUAGUGCCCCCGGAACAUUGAGCAUCUCGUGUGUUUGUGAAGCAUGCACACGCCCUAUUCUUGUCAGAUUCUUGUCAGACGCUUGACGCGGCUUUCCGUGUAGGCAUUCGGGAGGCAUUGUUUUUUGUUGCGUCCCUUCGGCCGACAGAGACUUCUGUUUGCGAAGCUUUGCUCGCUCUACUGACUUGCUCACUUUAUAACAACCAGUAUUUAUAGUAGUUUCUUUCUUUGUGUGCGUUUUGUGUGGAAUUCUAAUGCCUAUAUUGUUGCCCUUUGAGUGAUUAUGUCAGCUCGGGGCAAGAUGGAGGGGUGUCUCAAUGGCCGGCACACAAUGAACGGUGCAGAGUGGCAGCUGGAACACUUGUUUUAGAGAUGCCUUUAAUGAGGCAGUAACAAGAUUGUUCUAUGUGGCAGGUGUCUCAUUGCUGGACUAUUGUUGCGCAGAGCUCUAGGAGUAACUUGCCCGAUGGAACGAAUUUUGCUGCUUCGAAUGGAAUUGUACAACGUUCUUCGGUUUCUUUUUGUAACCGUGGCCAACUUGCAGUGUUGCCGAGAGAAUAGUGAGGACUUUCACUGAGAAAAGGAACCUGUUAGAUCUCUAUUGCUAGACUACGCAUAAAGCCCACUGGUUUCUAUCCAACAUAGGGUUCUAUUUCUCGUCUUUUUCAUUACAGACUCAAAACCGAUUUUGUAGUUUUUCGAUGGAUCGAGCCGAAGUUGCGCUGGUGUCCGUCACGUGAGGGGCCUCAACGGCUUGCUCUAACCCUCCGCUCUUGCAGAAGGACCACCCAAUCCGACGUUAGUUUUUGCGCAACCUGUAGCUUACUUCAAAGGCUGGUUCGGACGCUGAUGACCGUUUACAACUGACUGCAUUACAACCUCUCGCGAUGAGUUGCGGCGAGACGACACACUGGCGCCAUUUAUGAGGUGGCCUUGGAACUCUAUUCCACUUGAGGGAAGGUUUUGCAUAUAUUUGCGAAACUAAAUGGAACAUACUAUAUAUGAGAAAGGGGUGUUUCUAACAUUGCAAAGGUUUUUGAAGCCAAUGCAGAGCGAAAGUUUGUCUGCUUCUUUUGCAGGGUUUCUGUUGAUGACGAAAUGCGAAGCUCUGAUUGGCUCUGAUUGAAGGAUAGUGGGUAGACCUCGAGGCAGCUUGCUUUGAGGUCAACCCACACUCCUUCAAUCAGAGCCAAUCAAAGCUCGGCGUUCUGACGUCACUGCAACCCCUGCGAAAGAAGUAGACAAACUUUCGCUCUGCAUAGAGAAAGAAUUAUGCCCGUAAAAGUAGGAAAUAUAUGGAUAUGAUAAGCACAGGCUAAACAAAACAGCUGUGGUUUUGGUGAUUGUUGGGGGCAUGUCUCCACACUUCUGGCUUCACCUCUGGUGGCAUUGUGUUGGCUCCAGAAGCUUCCCACCUCCGUGGUUUCAUGGCUACCCAGUAGGUGGCGCCAGGGUCUUGUCGUGAGAGAUCGCAACAGGUCGUAGUGCAUUCGCAACUGUGUGGGCGAGCCUAAGGUCCGGCCUUCCGCCCUCAACAUAUCGUUCAUUGUUCGAUGCAACCCUGUUCGGAACGAAAGUUGUGUGGAUGGUUCAGGGUCUACAAGACGCGAUGCAGUGUGUGAUUGCAGAGGGACUAUUUUUUUCUAUGUGCGAUCAUUGUGGUCAUGUACGCUGAGUGUCCGUUUUCCCUGUACAUAUGAGAGAAAGGGUAACAUUUCACUAGUCGCGGGUGAAGCCUGUCCGAAAGAAGUAAAUUAUUGAGUCUGGGGGUGUAAUAUUUUGGGAAGGUGGAACGUGUGAGUGUGGAAAUAUGUCGUCAUUUUGCUGCGCAGGUUCAGGACUUUUUUGUCUUCGCAAGUCGAACGCGACCUGUCGUCCUUGUUUGUUAUUUUAUUCCGACAACCUCAGUUCAGGAAUUUUUUCACCAUUGUCAGUCAAUGGUGAGGAGUUGUUUUGUUUUGUGAUGCUAUUCAGUUUUAACGAUGUAUCAUAUCGGAACGUGUUUUCUGCCAAACUUGUUUUACGAGCUGUAGAGACUCGUUUGCAUAUGCUUAACCCCUCUUGUUACCUUGUACAUACACCACUUGUGUGAUUCAUUGUAGAUAAUUUUUUUAAACUUAUAGAAAAUUAAAUUAAUAUUACUGCGA